GGGGGCCGGGCCAGCGCCGCGCUUCCGGCAACACGGCGCGCGCCGCCCAUAAAGAGCGCCCGGCGCCGCCGCCGCGCUCGCAGCCGGACCCGGACCCCGACGGCCCCGAGCCCGAUCCCGGCAGCUCCCCGCCGGCACGACCCGGUCCCACCCGACCCGAUCCCCGCCGCCAUGCCGUUCCUGGGGCAGGACUGGCGCUCCCCCGGGCAGAGCUGGGUGAAGACGGCCGACGGCUGGACGCGCUUCCUCGACGAGAAGAGCGGCGGCUUCGUCGGCGACAUCAGCAGCUUUUGUAAAAAGGAAGAUCACAACAAAGAGAAUCUCUUCAACAGCCUCAACUAUGAUGUUGCUGCCAAGAAGAGGAAAAAGGACCUGCUGAAUAACAAAGCCAAGAUUCAGUAUUUCCACCAAGAGAAGUGGAUCUAUGUUCAUAAGGGGAGCACAAAAGAGCGCCAUGGUUACUGCACCUUGGGAGAAGCCUUCAACAGGCUUGACUUCUCCAGUGCUAUCCUGGACUCCAGGAGAUUCAACUAUGUCGUGAGGCUGCUGGAGCUGAUAGCGAAGUCUCAGCUGACGUCACUGAGUGGCAUUGCCCAGAAAAACUACAUGAACAUUUUGGAAAAAGUGGUGCAGAAAGUCCUUGAAGACCAGCAGAACAUCAGGCUAAUACGGGAAUUGCUGCAGACCCUCUACACAUCCCUCUGCACUUUGGUUCAACGGGUCGGCAAGUCUGUCCUGGUUGGAAACAUCAACAUGUGGGUGCACAGGAUGGAGACUAUUCUCCACUGGCAGCAGCAACUGAACAACAUUCAGAUCACCAGGCCUGCCUUCAAAGGAACCACUUUGACAGACCUGCCACUCUGUUUACAAUUAAACAUCAUGCAGCGACUGAGCGAUGGGAGAGACCUGGUUAGCCUCGGUCAAGUGGCUCCCGACCUGCAAGUGCUCAGUGAAGACCGGCUGCUGUGGAAGAAGCUCUGCCAGUACCACUUCACGGACAGACAGAUUCGUAAACGGCUAAUCUUAUCUGACAAGGGACAGCUGGAUUGGAAAAAGAUGUAUUUCAAGCUUAUAAGGUGUUACCCACGGAAGGAGCAGUAUGGUGACACGCUGCAGCUGUGCAGGCACUGCCACAUCCUCUCCUGGAAGGGUACUGAUCACCCUUGCACAGCCAACAACCCGGAGACGUGCUCCACCUCUCUUUCACCGCAAGACUUUAUCAACUUGUUCAGAUUCUGAACUUGGAUCACCGCAGCUUACGCGAUUCUUACAGGACACUUUAUGCCACUGAGCUUGGACACUCCGUUUGUAAAUAGUGUAAAUACUCAUGUUUGUGUGAAGCUCCUGAGUCAAGGAACAAGAGGAUUUCGGAGAUGAAAGGUGAAAUUGCUCACUGACGUGCAGCACUUAAGGAAUACAGAAUUCCAUAGGACUGGUAUAUAAAUGCAGCAUGUUGUACAGAGUCCCUUUUUUAUGAUCAGAGUACAAGAUACAGGGCAAAACCUUCGUUUUCGUUUUUAGAAGUUAAAAAUGAAUUUGCCCCGCAACCAUUUGAGAACUUUUCUGGUUUGUUUCUAAUAAUUGAGAGAAAGCAAUAUGAGGCUAGGACUGUUGAACUGUUUCUCCAUCUGGUUUUAUUUAGCAUACAUAUUUAUAAAUAUGAUGUUUUUAAAAGUAUUUAUGAAAAAUAUCCCUGUGACAAGUUUAAUAAUACUUCUGUUUUUAAAAAGGAGACAUCCUGAAAUACUUAGCGUGGAACUCUAGCCUACUUACAAAAGAAUCGCACCAUACCACUUUCUACCUCUAAUAGAUUGAGUACCUUUCAAACAAAAAUCCAGCGUACAAUGUGAACUUUUGUAUUUUGUACAAUGAUUUAAAGGGAAAUGUUUGUGAUAGUAAGCAUCUUUUCUUGCAUUAAUGCUUACCUCUUUACAUUAGUUUUCUUGCUCUACUCAGUGCUUGAAUGCCUAGAUGAUAGGCACUGUAUAAAUACCUAAGACUUUACUCCAUCCUCUUUUAAUAUGUUGGUUUUAUGAAAGAUUAAGUAAAAGGGAAGAGAAGUCAGGAGGAUGAAGAUUAUCUAAAAGGGAGGAAGUUCUGUUAUAGGGAAACAAAGGACUGAGUUUAAUCUUGCAACAUAAAUUCAUAUCAACUCCGCUAGGUUAAUUGCACUGGAUGAAUUCCCAAGCGAGGUUAGAAUCUGGUUCAAGCCCAUGUCUUCCUAGUUUUCCAACAUACACACACUGCUCUGUAUUCCCACUGCUGUCAAGUGAAUUAAAUCAUCUUGGAGCUGGUAAUUAGUAGGGAGAUUAGGGCUGUUGAGUCUCGUGAAGCGAUGCGGUUUUUAUUCCUUGACAGACUGGCAGCGUUCUGUUUAAUUUCAGACUAUGGGAGUUCAGGGUGGUGAGAGACCAUGAAGAAAUUGGCCAGCAUUUUGCUAAAAACAGCACUCAAGGCUGCGGAAAGUGAGGGAUUUCUAAUAUGGCACUCAACCUCUUCUGUUAUUUCUGUGUGCCAAGGAAACGAAGACCCAGUCUAGUCCCUUCGGCUUCCAGUGCUGACCUUCUUUAUGGGAUCUUUUAGCACUAGCCUAGAGCGAAGUUUUCAGUCCUGUGGAGCAAGUGGCCAAAGUCCUGACAUCGUCGUGGCCGUGAUUUGGCUCACGAUCUCAUGGUGAAAAGCGGAACCUUAUGUACGUGCACCAUGGUGGAACUAGAAGAUUCCAGCUCAUAUUUAACCAUUUGAAAACCUGCGGUGGAAAGGUUUUGCCAUUUGCCAGUAGAUUUCCUGUAAUGCACUUUCUCUGUGCGCAAUGGAAGCAGGAUACCUCAGGAGGGUAAAAAUUAGUGGGUUGUGUCUGACCAUGUACAGAGAAUUGAGGAAGAGGAGUACUCAGGACAAUUCAGGAAGAACUACUUGAGUUAGUGUUGUUAAAUAUUCUGUUCCUUUUUUUUUAAUGUUUUUAUAACUGACUUUCAACACUUUUCUGCAGCUGUUUGUAUUUUAAAAAAUUGACAGUAUUUGCGUUUUUGCAAACUAAAUCACUUUGCAUACCCUGGAAGAAACUCAAAAAGGGGAAAAAAGUUGCCUCUAGAUGGAGCAGUGGGGAAGAGGGGAAGAAGACUGGGAAGGGGAAAGGCAGGAAAAAGUUGACAAGAACUGCUGUUCUACCUUCCCCCAGCAAACCCAAGUUUUUCCUUUUCUGGAGAGCUCUGUGAGCCAGUGCAGCCCUUAGCCAUGGCCAAAAGCUUGGCAAUAUCCAGAGACAAGGAGAAAACCUGGGAUAGGAAAUACUAUUUUGGUGUUGAUGCUCUCUCCGUCAGUUUGCUGGUAAAAAUAAGCCUGUUGAUUAUGUUCAUGUCAACUGAAAGUGAUUUAAAAGCUGAUGCCUUGGGAAAAUCAUCUUGUGCUUGUUUUGGGGGGAUGCUCAUGAGUAAGGGAGGCUGGUUUCUGUUUUCAUUCCCGCAGUGAUAUCAGCGGGUAGAUGAGGCUGAAAUCCGCCUUGUCGAAAGAGGAUGCUAAGGACAGGAACCUGCAAGUGAAUGAAGUAUUGCCACUGUCUUGGGAGACUCUUGUUGUUGUUUUUUUUAGUAGUGAGAGGACUCGCAUGGCCUUCACCGUCACCAUCUUCUGCUUCCAGCUCUGACGCAGGAGUGGUUUGGUUUGCAGUCCUUCUGCCCCUGCCAUCUGCAGUGAGUCAGCCUCUCGUGAUGGAGGUGGCCUGAGCUGCUGGGGGUUUCUGUGUAGUCUGAGGCCCUACUUGCCAGGUGACACUUACCCAAACAAUGAGAUUGUUGCACUGGGUGAAUUUUAAGCUUGGAUUUAAAUCCAGCCUGCAUGACAAGACAAAACCCCAGAAUUUAGCUGUGGUCUAGGAACACCUCAGCUCUCACCACUGCCUCUAUGAGCCCUUCACUUGUUUUGAGCAAAGAGUCAUGCCAUGUCCCCUGCCCAGAGAGCACAGGUGAUGCUGACAACUUACGUACAACUGAGGCUCCUGUUUGUAAAAGUUAAUUUCAGUUAGUGUUCUUGUAGCACAGGGUAGAUCUCAAAGGGUCAAAUAACUGAAGAUCAAUGUGUUAAUCCAGGCACUUGUGUGUUGCUCGUCCUGAAUCCUGGGAUGAUGAUGUUGGUGUCCCAAGUAGCAGAAGACCAAGCAGCCACUGUGCUGGAGAACAAAACUGUCUAAACAAAAAGCAGAAUAUGCCUCAGUCAGUUACUGCCUCAGUCACCAUCUUACCGCUCCAGCAGCUGUCAAAUCAGACCCUGAUCUCUUUGGGAGAGUCAUUGUUCCUCAAGUGGCUGGUACAGGGAGAUACUGUGGGAGAUUCGGUUCUGUUUUGUGCAUUUAAAACAAAAUGGUGUUGCAUCCAAAUACCUUGGUCUGACCACUUGAAAACAAAAGGAUCAGUAUUCAGCAGUGCAAGUGCAUCUGCUUGGCUUUGGAUGGCAGAGGAGCGAAACCAGCCGUGAUAGCUCGGGACCCCAGAAAGGAUGGUGUAAGGCUGCUCUCUUGCAAAAAGGACCUUUAUUUUAGGACAACUCUGGCAAAGCCUACUGUGAAUGGAAAACAGGCUUUUACUGUUCGUAUUUUGGAAAUCGAGUGUUCUUUUCAAACAGCAUCUCAUCCUCAAGUUGGUGGCUGCGUUUCCAUUAAAAAUGUGUCGGUUCUUAUACUGUGAAAGGAGGUUCUUCCUCUCUUUGGGUUUUUUUUUUCUGCUGCCAGUGUAUGCAAAGAAAUAUCUUUAUCUUCAGAGGUUUUUAAGCAGUGCAAUGGUGUAGAGCAUGGCACUGUGGAGAGGAAAAACAGAUCCAUGCAGGGGAGGAGGCUCAGAAAGGGAGAGAUCUUUCUGUUCCAGCUUUCUAUAAGAGGCAGGUGUUUGCAGUUCACUUUCAUGUGAUAGCCACUUCAAGAGGCACCAUUUCAGCUGUACAUACCUUAAGCCAUUUGUAUUAACUAUGGUAUGGUAAAGUUUGAUCCUAAAAUGUGUGCACCUCCUCUUACGUUGUUUGGGUUUCUUUUAUCAAUUGUGAAAGCUUCUAGAUCCUUCUGUUUUGUAAAGCGAUGAGAAAAACUUCUAUUGCUCUGAAGACAUUGCUUUUUAUGUAAACAUUUAAUUGCACCCUGCCACUUUCUGUGUAUGAGAGUAUCUUUUCUAUCAUUUUUCUUUGCCCCCCCCCAGGUUUUGAACUGUUUGUGUUCCCGUUUGUUUGAUUGCUCUCGCAAAGCUCUCUCCUCCUAGAACAUACACAGGUACUACACCAGCUUUUCCUGCCCAGAAAAAUCCCUGGCCUUUAGUAGCUGAAAUUUGAUUUAGAGCAGGAACACUUCAGGUUCUGUUACGUAGCUAGUAAAUCAGAUGUGCUGUUUCACGCUUAGGCGCUGUUCAGUACAGCGAACCAGCGCUGUCCUCUGGGGUUGUUCUCAGAAACCUGUUGCACAGCUUCCCCACAGAUCAGCACCUUGCCAAAAAGAAAUAGCUUUAAAUUAAAAUGCCACUCUUCCUAGCUGGCCUGUUAGCAGAAACAGAGACCCAGCGGAGCUGAUGUCUGCUCAGCUUGAUGAAGACUGCCAGUUACAAGGUUGGGGACUCUGGUGUUCUGCCUGUGCUGCUGUUUGCAGCUCGUUGCUUGUGAUGAUGCUCAUUAAAGGCCCCAAAGACACAGCCAGGUGUCCGUGUAACUGGCAGCAUGUGGCUGCUGGGGCAUGAGCUGCUUUUCCAGUGCCUGAUUUCAAUCCCCCAUCUUCCUCCACUGAUUUCACUGACAACAAAUAGGCCUUGCAGGAUUUGGCCCUAGGGAGAAUAAAUCUUGUCUUUGACAUAGGUAGUCUACUGUAUUAAUAUCAUGAACACCAGAGAGAUUCCCCCUCCGUUGGCCAAGCAUUGCCUUUUCUCCCCCUGGGAGGGCAGCUGAGGGUAAACUUUGCAUUUCUUUAGCUAUUAUGAGCUGUGCAGAGUGCUAACAGGUCUGCUACCGAGGGAGCAUUUUAAUUUGAAACGGCAAAUAUGCUCAUCUUUAGGAACUAUCUGCAGUAAUUAUAAAUACUUGUAUAUGGAAGAGAGUGUGUUCUGUUUUGUUUUUCUUUAAAGUUGUAAGUAGAGAUGAUAUGAAGUGAAAGGCAUCCCGUGUAUAAUACGACUUCUGUUUAAUAUUACUGUGUGGUUAAAAUCCUUCCAUUAUAAAUUUGCACACUUUUUCCUCUUCCCUUGCAUGUUCAACUCUGAUUUUUACAGCUGUUCUGUGCAGACAGUAAUGUAUUUUUGUAAAACAUUUUUUGACACUGAAUUGCAAUAAAUGUUCAAACAAUG